ACUAAAUAUAGAUCAGAAGCCGUAGCUGAAGGCUUCCAGACGAUCCAAACUUAGGUACUCUUCAUCAUAAGAUAGGCUUCUCCACCAGAAGUAAGUAAACUAUUCAUAGUAAAUCCCAAACAAAACAAAAAUCUUCGGUUUUGUUUGUUUCACCGAUCAAUUCAGGUUUUCAGCUCAGAGCUGUUCUUUCUCCUUCGUUUCUGGUUUUGUUUCUUAUAUCUCCUGGACGUCUGUCUCGUAUGAAUCCCGGCGAGUUUUGGCCCAGCAACUUGCAAAUGAUGAUGAACCUUAACCAUUCUGAUCCAAACCUGUUCGUGUUCGAAGUUUUCAGGCCUUGCCUGAAUCGAUAAAGAUCGAAGAAGGAAAAAAGGAAGCUUUUUCGGAGAGAAUGAUCGAUCAGUCUAGCUCUGUGACGUUCAUCUACAUAGUUGAAAUCGCAGAGAAUCCAAAAGACGAUAGGAAUCAUCACACUGUGAAAAUCGACCUCUCGGGCUGGUCGUUUUGGGGCAAGAAAGGGCUGAAAACCCUAGAAGCCGACGGGACAAGAAUCGAUGUGUACUGGGAUUUCCGACAAGCCAAAUUCUCAAACGUUCCGGAACCUUCCUCGGGUUUCUACGUCGCCCUCGUGUCCCAAGACGUCGUCGUUCUGACAAUAGGCGACUUGGUGAACGAAGCCAUGAAGAGAACGAGGAAGAGACCCUCGGCCAGGGAAGCUGCCUUGGUGUGCAAGAAAGAGCACGUGUACGGGAAGCGCGUGUUCUACACGCGGACGGCCUUCGACGGGACGGGACGGAGAGAGCACGAGGUGGUGAUAGAGACGUCGUUGUCAGGGCCGGAGGAGCCGGAGAUGUGGAUAACGGUGGACGGAGUGGCGGCGAUGAGGGUGAUGAACUUGAACUGGAGAUUCAGAGGGAAUGAGGUCGUGACGGUGAAAGAAGGUGUUGCCGUGGAGAUCUAUUGGGAUAUUCACGAUUGGCUGUUCGGGAGUUGCGGUUCUUCUUGUGGGUUGUUUGUCUUCAAGCAGAAACUUGUGUCUGAAGGUAGAAGUCUUAGCUUUAAUGGCGGCGUCGAUGAAAAUGAAGGCGGCGAGGAUUCCUUGUCGGAGUAUUGCUAUGUUUUGUACGCCGUGAGGGUCGAUUAGUUCUACGAACAUGACUUUUUUUAAAUAAAAAAAAUCUUUGAUGUUUCUGUAUGGAUUUGUUAGAACAUGGUAUCGGAUUUUUUCCCCCUUUGGUUACCAAUUUUAC